GUUCGAUUGGCUCUUCAACACAGUAGAAGGUGUAAAGCGAGCUGUUUGCUUUUCAAUAGUUGAGUUUUAUUCAAAUCUUUAGCGUGUGUGGUACCAUCCAAAGUAGUGCGGAUAUGACAGCGGAAAUAAAUAAGGGUCCUACGCUCGGACAGCGUCAUGUGCAGGCCUUCUUGCUCUUCUCAGCCAUCACGGUCAACUUUAUGACCAAGUUCAAUGCUGGAGUGGCGGUGGUAGCUAUGACCGAUGCCGAAGGUACUAACCCGAACUUUCCGGAGUACGACUGGAACGAAAUGGAGCGCUCCUACAUCCUGUCCAGCUUCUUCUGGGGCUACAUAUUAACCCAGUUCCUGGGCGGAUGGCUCUGCAGGCGCUAUGGCGCCAGGAUGACCAUGUUUGCGUCGACCCUUGGAUCAGCUAUUCUGGUUGUCCUGGUCCCCUGGUGCGUUUCCUGGGGUGGCUGGCAGGCCUAUUGUGCACUCCGCAUGGCGAUGGGUUUGUUCCAGGGGUUCGUGUUCCCCUGCAUCCACGCUCACCUGGCCAACUGGUGUCCGGUGGAAGAGCGAAAUCGGCUGGGGGCCCUGGCAAACAUGGGUAUUGAUUGCGGAACCCUGGUGUCGAUGUUCGCUAGUGGAUUGAUUGCAGCCUCCAGUAUUGGCUGGCCUGGGAUCUUCUACGUGUCCAGUGGGGUCGGAAUUUUCUGGUGCAUCAUGUGGUGGUUUUUCGGAGCCGACACUCCUGGUGAAUCCAAGUUAAUCAGUGAGGCGGAGCGCACCUAUAUUGAGAAUUCGAUAAGCUCCAGUCACAAGGUGAAGGAGGGACCAGCCACUUCGAUUCCUGUUCCUUGGAAGGCCAUUUGGACGUCGGUGCCCUUCUGGGCGUACAUGAUCACCAAAUGCUGCCAGUCCUGGGGAUUUUCGACGCUUCAGACCGAGAUGCCUGCCUACAUGAAUGGAGUCCUGCUGAUGGACAUGAAGAAAAAUGCCCUCUACUCGGCGCUGCCCUACUUCGCCUCCUGGGUGAUGGCCGUCGUCUACCUGAUCAUCGCGGACAUCCUGCUGACCAGGGGCAUCAUGUCCAUCACUGGCAUUCGCAAGACCAUCAACUCGAUAGCCUUCUUUGUGCCCGCGGCUGCUCUGAUCGGAGUCGGCUUCUUGGACAGUGACCAGAAGACCCUGGCCGUGGUGCUGAUGUGCACCAAUGUGGGAAUCAACGCAGGUUCCACAAUCGGCAGUACCAUUAACACCAUCGACCUGUCCCCGAAUCACGCUGGUAUUUUGAUGGGAAUUGCGAAUACGGCGUCGAACGUUAUACCCAUUGUGACGCCCCUCCUCGUGGGAAUUAUGGUUAAGGAUAAUCACGACCGCAAACAGUGGCAGGUUGUGUUCAUCAUAUCCGCCGUGAUCUUCGUCGUGGGCGACCUAAUCUAUCUCGCUUUCGGUCAGAUGGUUGCCCAGCCCUGGGAUGCACCCGACUUUCUGGAUAGGGAGCGAUCCACCAAUCUACAGGAAGAAGGUAACUCCAAGGCUCUAGAAGCAAAACAGGCAGCCAAUGUUGAAGAAGCAAAACGUAAGGAAAUUGAAGCUGGCUUGGAGAGCGAGGAGCCAAUAAAAAAAGAGUCUUAACGAUGAGCUCUGAGAUCCUGGGAUCUAUAAAUCGAAAGCUCCUAUACAUUAUACCGAAGGCUGGUCCAAAACUUUUUUGACAAAAGUAAAUAUUUGAUAAAAUCAAGAAAAUGCAAAUAAGUUAUAUGUAUUCCCUUUAAGUAAUCU